AUGGAGAAUGUUCUCUUUUAUUUCUUAAAUAGUUAUAUAGAGCCAUGGCUGAGCUUUGGCUCAUCUUUCUUAGAUACAGACCCCCAUAGCACCUUUAUGAAUGCUGUGGGGUUGCUCUUUCUGCUCUUUUGCUAUCUGUCACUGAAAUCAUUUUUACCAUCCUUCUGGGACAAAAAGGACAUCUCAAAGCUUCAGAGCAGAAAGAGGAGGAGGAGGAGAAUCACAACACUUAAAGCUUGGAGAGCAGGCUUGAGAGAAAGACAGGAGGGGAGGAAACUGCUUUCAAUUCUGAAAAGCCCUCUGGGCCAGUAUCCUGAUAUCAACCACCUUCGUCAGUUGCUGUGCCCAGACCCCCUCUGUGACGUGUGUAACACCACAACAGCUAAGGUCAGUCGAAUGCUCUCUCAGGCAUCCCUGGAAGACACUGAUUACUCUGUGUCCUCUGUGACUUCCACGGAUUCUGAUUCAUCAUGCACACAGACCUUUCCCAUCUCAACAGUCCUUCCAAGAAACCCAAUUUCAGCCCUUGUGCCCAAGUCUUCUCCAUCUUCACACUCUGCUCUCCCACCUAACCCGGUCACCUCUUCAGUGGACUCACAGUCACCUGCACCACUGGGUGACUCUCAGCAAGCAGAGCCUAUUCCUCCCUUGGAUUCCAGAUUCCCACUUGCCUUUCCCCCUCCCCUGCUAACUCAGGAAGCAAAAUCGGACCUUCAACCAGAAAACACUUCAUCCGUUGAGAACCCUGGUGGGUUCUCCACUAACAACUUUCAUCCCAUGGAAGUGUCUUUUCAGGUAGACACUGAAGACCAUCUUAUAGAGCCCAGAAACCUCAAAUUUCUCAGCCCUGACAGCCAGGCUUUCCGGGAAAGACAAAUAAAAAAGAGGGGUGAUUUGCUUUUAGGCAAAGGAAAGGGAAAGAGGACAGAAUCUUUCCCAAAGCAACAUCAGCCAGACUCCCCACUAAGUUUUUCAUGGAAAAGAUCAGAGUCAGCUACUGAUCAAAAGGACUCUGUAUACACCCUUCCUAAUUGGAACAGGGAGGGCAAAUCAGAGGGGCUUCACCCACAUCUGAAGCUCCCAUGUCCUAAGACCUUGGAGGAUCAUUUAGAGCAAAAACAUACUCAGCUCUUCUGGGGUCCUCCAUCUCUACACGGCGAGUCACUGAACCCCACUGUACCCAUCUCAGACCCAGGGCCCGCUUCAGUCCCCACCCCCUCCUCUGCUACCUUCUCCUCAAUGCCAGCCUGGAAGCUGUGGACUGAAAAGCAACACCUGGAAACUGACAUGCUACUGAAAGUAGAACAAAGUAUGUGGGGUUUACCUUCUGUGGUCCAAAGAUCUCAGGAAGACUUCUGUCCUCCAGAUCCUAAGCUUUCACCGAUUAGCCAGGCCUCCAAGGCCCAUGUGCCAGUUCCCACCCUUCGGGAAGAUUUUCCCUGCAGCAGUGAGCUGCGAAAGAAACUAGAGCAUCACCUUCAGAAGAGGCUAAUCCAACACCGCUGGGGCCUGCCCCGCAGAGUCCAAGAGUCUCUGUCAUUGAUGCAGCCUCAGAGUAAGGUCCCUGAGACCUCUAAGUCAAAGGAAAGCCAUGGGCUUUCUUGGAUCUCUUUUUAUAAAGGCAAGAGCAGCAAAGACUUGAGCCAGUAUGAAACCUACAAGAGGACCUCAGAAAUGCUGCUUCCAGAGGGAGUAGGGAAGAACCAGGGACACAGGCCAGAAAUUGGCCCCCAAAACCUGUUGAGUGGCCACAACAGGAUUAUAGAUAGUACUCAGGGCUCUUACUCAGAGAAUACCCUGCAAAGUCAAGUGAGGAAAAAGCCAGGGGCCUCAGUCAUGAGUGCACUGCAAGCACACUUAAGCAAGAAGUGUGGGGAAAUUCAUGAAGGCCAGAUCCCCGGUACUGUGAAUAAAUCAUGGCGUUCCAUCAACCAGACACUUCCCUUUUCUGAGAAAUCUUCCAGGCAAAUAAAAGACAGAAAUCAAACAUCACUGGCGGGUAAGGACAGAUACUUGAACACCUCCCAGGAUAUUUCCUUCAUUAGUUCCAGCAAACAAAAGAUGCUGGAAGAGCAUAUUAAAACUUUUCAAAGGAGAAUGAUGUGGGGCCUUCCCCACAAGGUCCAGGAAUCCAUAGACAUCUCCAAAAUAAAGGAGGACCUGUACCCGGCUCUUUCUCAUUCCAAAUUUCCCUCAUCAGGCACUAGUAUUUCUGAUGUGGGUUCUAAAAUGGAAGUCUACAAGACCCUUACAAAAACCUCUAAUGCUUUUCAAGCACAGCAGAUAGAAUCAAAUUCGGAUGUGGACUGUCCUCAUGCCACUUCACACGUGGGCAUGGAAGGACGGGGGGCUCUGACACAGUCACCCUCUUACACCAACUGUGAGAGUACAGAGAGCAUGAAGAUGAGGGAGGAUGGCACAUGGGUUUCAGUACUGCCCUCGCACAGCAACACAGAUUCAGUGAGUCAGAAGCAGACUCUAGAAGACAAGAGAUGCCACUCAAAGCUGGCACUUCAGGCUGGCCCUGAAAUAAAUAAGAGAAUGAGCUCCUGCAAUGAGAAACAGAGGCUGCAGGGAAAAGUAACAACACAAUGGGAGGUAGUUAAAGCAAAGGAGCUCUGUGGUCUUCAGUCACAGACUAGUAACAUCUUGAUGACUGGUAAAUCAGAAGCCACCCUAAGGAGAGACGCUAAUACAAGAAAACCAGAAACUUCCCUGACCACUAAACGGCCUCUGACAAGAGCAGCAGUUCCCCAAGACUUUAAAUCAUCAAACCUUCAAAAUCAGCUGAUGAGUGAGCUGAAGCGUAAAAUAGAGAGCAGGAAGCAAAGCCAGACUCAGGGCCUUCCCGUUAAUGUGUCCCCUGCCUCUAGUAACUUGAAAACCAAGACCUUACUCCACCAUGACGAGGGUACCUCCUACGGGUACACAGCAGCUUCCCCAGUGAUGCAUGCCCACUUGGACAACACAAAACCCCACACGGGGCAGGGUCAAGAGCCCGGGGUCACUAAGCGUGUUUUAUGCAAGUGUCAACACAGGAAAUUCCCUCCAGAAGCAAAGAGAGUGUGUCCUCACACACUCACAGCAAGAGACCUUAGUGGAGGUGAUGCACGGCUGUCUGCACACCAGCAUCAAAGAAGAAACUGCCCUGACCAAGACAGGAUGUUAGAAAAGACACGUGGAAGCAAGUUCUCCUCAGCCCUGUCACUGAGGGAACAGCCCCCUCCUGACAAUUCUUUCAGAGAUAAAAUGAAACAAUUUUUCCAACGGAUUUGUCCUAGUGUCAAACACAGAGGCCAAGAAAGCCCCCAGAAAAAGGCUAGCUCAUCAUCCUCUGUACAGACCAGGGGCCCAGUUAGAGGGAAAACUGACUUUCCUGAGAACACCAAAGAUCGGAAAGUCGCUACAAGUUAUGCAAAAGUCCUUUGCCAGAAUUCUCUGGAAGGAAGAUUUAUUUCUCCCAAAUAA